AUGAGCUACACUUUGUUAUGGGACUUCCGUAUUUGUGGUGUUGUCGAUUGUGUCAGACUAUGCUGGAUUGCGGCUGCUCCUUGGAUCGGAGGCGUCGUUACGGGUGUCUCGUUGGCAAAUGCCCAGGCCCCCAAUUCUUUGGGUACAGAUGGUGUUGCUCUUGCAGUGUGUUGGGUUCUUGUACUGCUGCAGCUGGCUUUAGGCGCCUUGUUGGUGUUUCUUGCAUCUCUGGGCAUUCCGCAUCUGAUGCUCUCUGUAGCGCGCAACCGCGCCAUGAAGGCCUUCACAAUGUUUCGCCCUAAUGCGAUCGUGGCGUCUUCCUUCGGCUCUGUGGUUCUGUUUCACAUGUCGAUUCCCAAGUUGCCGCUACUGCUGUUGUUUCCUGCUCAAGAGGCCCAUCGCAGCUUCUUCGCUUCAGCGUCUACGUACUCCCUCAAGAAGUGGCCAUAUGUCCUUUUGGUGCAGGCAGCAGAUUCCCGUGGCCAACGGAAGCAGCUUGAAGACUCUCUGCAACUGAUUGAAACUGUACAAGCCGGCAGAGGACGACUCGAGAUUCUUGAGACUGGAGGUGGCUCACUAAAGAAGAUUGACGAUGCCGACCUCAGGUCGUGGAUAGAGGAGGUAUUUGAGAGAGGCCGGGACCAAGUGCUGCAGCUAUCUGCCUCGGGGGUAAAAGAUAUGGAUACUUCUCUCUUCCUUCACACAGGGGGGACGCCGUUGGCACAGCCAAGCAGCCCUAGAACCACCAGUGUAGAUGCACUGUCGCAACAGCUCUCCGCUGCAUCCGAUUCGCAGGCGUAA